AUGAAUUCACAGCAUACUGAUUUUAGAGGAAACUUGAAGUGCCUAGUCGUUCCCAGAAUCACUAGUCAUCUGCCGUGUAGAUCCAUCGAUAUAGCGAAUUGGAAAAUUCCAUCUGGGCUGCGUUUGGCCGAUCCCUCGUUUAAUAAACCUUUGCUGAUCGGUAUUACACACUUCUUCUCGUUAAUGAAACCAGGACAGUAUGUUAUCGAUCACGGUUUACCAGAACUCCGUGAAACAGAAUUAGGCUGGGUCGUCUCUGGUGAAGUACACGACGUUUAUGAUCCGGUUGUUAAUUCUCAAUCAGUGAAUGCAGUGUCAAUUGAAUUCCUAAACAAAAUGAUCAAACGAUUUUGGGAAGUGGAAGAGUUGGAAGAUGCCGUAUUACCUCAAGCAGAAGAACAUCCAUGUGAGGAAAUCUUUCGUAAAACUUAUCGUAGAAAUGAUUCCGGAGGCUUCAUAGUAGACCUACCGUUUCGUGAUAACGUUGACCUGUUGGACAAUAAUCGAUCAUCAGCCCUCCGCCGCUUCUUUUUCCUCGAGAAACGAUUGCAACAAAAUCCUGAGUUACAUCGUUUGUACUCCCAAUUUAUUAAUGAGUGUGAAUCCCUCGGCCAUUGCAAGGAAAUUCAGGAGAAAUUUGAUCAGCCUGGCAAGUUGGUAUAUUAUCUACCUCACUAUGCAGUACUGCGUCCAACCAGCUCUAGCACAAAACUUAGAGUAGUUUUCGAUGCAUCAGCUAAAUCGAUUGCUUCCGCAAAAUCUUCAAAUGAAUCGCUUUCCAUUCGCGUUCAGCGCUGA